AUGAGUGAGAAUCAAACAAGUUUGGUUUUCGUUAUCAAUGGCGAAAAGUUUGAGCUAUCCAGCGUUGAUUCAUCAACCACUUUGCUUGAGUUCUUGCGUACUCAAACUCGAUUCAAGAGUGUUAAACUCGGUUGCGGUGAAGGUGGUUGUGGUGCUUGUGUAGUUAUAAUAUCCAAGUAUGAUCCUUUGCUUGACAGAGUUGAAGAUUUCACCGCUAGCUCUUGUCUCACACUACUUUGUAGCAUACAUGGAUGCUCAAUAACAACAAGUGAAGGCAUUGGAAAUAGCAAACAAGGAUUCCAUCCAAUUCAUGAAAGAUUUGCUGGAUUCCAUGCUUCUCAAUGUGGCUUUUGUACUCCUGGAAUGUGUGUUUCCCUCUUUGGGGCUCUUGUCAAUGCUGAAAAGAAUAAUUGUCCAGAGCCACCUUCUGGAUUCUCCAAAGUUACUGGUUUUGAGGCUGAAAAGGCUAUUGCAGGGAACCUUUGUCGCUGCACUGGUUACCGGCCAAUUGCUGAUGCCUGCAAAAGUUUCGCAGCUGAUGUUGAUAUGGAGGAUUUAGGGUUGAACUCUUUCUGGAGAAAGGGAGAGAGCAAGGACUUGAAGAUUAGUAGGUUGCCUCAAUAUGACAGUCAUCACAAGAACAUCAAAUUUCCUUUGUUUCUGAAGGAUAUUAAACAUGAUUUGUUGUUGGCUUCUAAGGGAAACAGUUGGCACAAACCUACUAGUUUAGAGGAGCUUCAGAACUUAUUGAAAUUAAAUCAUGCCAAUGGAACCAGGAUAAAAGUUGUUGCUAAUAAUACUGGUAUGGGAUAUUACAAAGAUAAAGAACGAUAUGAUAAGUAUAUUGAUCUAAUGGGCAUUUCUGAGCUCUCAAAGAUCAGAAAGGAUCAAUGGGGGGUUGAAAUUGGAGCAGCAGUGACCAUAUCUAAAGCUAUUGAAGUACUAAAGCAGCAAAGCAAGAGUGACUUUAUCUCCGACUUUGUAAUGAUACUUGAAAAGAUUGCUGACCAUAUUGGAAAAGUUGCUUCGGGGUUUAUUCGAAACACGGCCAGUGUAGGUGGAAAUUUAAUUAUGGCACAAAAGAACAAUUUUCCCUCAGAUAUUGCUACUGUACUUCUUGCUGUGGAUUCGAUGGUUCAUAUAAUGAGUGGCACACAGUUUGAAUGGCUAACAUUGGAGGAAUUUUUGGAAAGACCGCCAUUAAGUUUGGAAAGUGUACUUUUAAGUAUUAAAAUUCCAAGUUUGGAAACUAUUAGAAGUACAUCUUCAGAAAAAAGAAGUAGAUUCUACUUUGAAACUUACCGAGCUUCUCCUAGACCGCUUGGAAACGCCCUUCCAUACUUAAAUGCCGCUUUCCUUGUUGAGGUGUCUCCUAGCAAGGAUUCUGGUGGAUUCAUGAUAGACACUUGUAGGCUGUCUUUUGGUGCUUAUGGGAAUGAGCAUGCAAUCAGAGCAAAAAAUGUUGAGGAAUUUUUAACAGGAAAGAUGUUAAGUUUUAGCAUUCUGUAUGAAGCCAUCAACUUGCUUACAUCCACUAUUGUACCUAAAGAUGAAAACUCAAAAACUGUAUACCGUUCAAGUUUGGCAGCUAGUUUUGUUUUUCAGUUCUUUAACCUUCUAAUUGAAAUUUCUGCGGGAGCAACCAACUUCUCAAAUGGAUAUUCUAAUAUUCCAAUUGUGAAGGAUUUUGAUCUAAAAGAGAAGCAGGUUCAUCAUGACAAAACUCCAACUUUAUUGUCAUCUGGGAAGCAAGUCCUUGAAGCAGGAAAUGAAUAUCACCCCAUUGGAAAAUCAAUCACUAAAUCAGGAGCUGCGCUACAAGCUUCAGGUGAGGCUGUGUUUGUAGAUGACAUUCCUUCGCCGCCAAAUUGCCUACAUGGAGCAUAUAUAUAUAGUUCAAAACCUUUGGCAAGGGUAAGGAGUAUAAAACUCAGCUCUGAAUUGCUGCUGGAUGGAGUAAGAGAUGUCAUUUCAAGUAAAGACAUUCCCAGUGGUGGGGAAAACAUUGGAGCUAAGACAGUAUUUGGCUCAGAACCUUUAUUUGCAGAAGAGAUAGCCAGGUGUGUUGGCGAUCGUCUGGCCUUUGUGGUUGCAGAUAGUCAGAAACUUGCAGAUAUGGCAGCAAACUCUACCAUUGUCAAUUAUGAUACUGAAAAUCUUGAACCACCUAUUCUAUCUGUUGAAGAUGCCGUUAAAAGAUCAAGCUUUUUUGAAGUUCCUCCUUUUAUCUACCCAAAACAUGUUGGUGAUAUAUCAAAAGGAAUGGCUGAAGCUGAUCACAAGAUUCUUUCUGCCGAGUUGAAACUAGGAUCUCAAUACUAUUUCUAUAUGGAGACACAAACUGCACUUGCUGUGCCGGACGAAGACAAUUGCAUUACAGUUUACUCUUCAAGUCAAUGCCCUGAGUUUACUCAUUCUACUAUAGCAAGAUGCCUUGGUAUUCCUGAAAGUAAUGUACGAGUAAUUACAAGAAGGGUUGGGGGAGGUUUUGGAGGAAAGGCCAUAAAAGCAAUAUCUACUGCUACAUCUUGUGCACUCGCAGCACAGAAAUUAUGUCGCCCUGUCAGGAUGUAUAUGAAUCGAAAGACCGAUAUGAUAUUGGCUGGAGGAAGGCAUCCCAUGAAGAUUACAUACAAUGUCGGGUUUAAGAAUGAUGGGAAAAUUACUGCAUUUGAGCUUGAGAUAUUGGUCAAUGCUGGUAUAUAUAUGGAUAUAAGUGCAACAAUGCCACAUAACAUAGUUGGUGCACUAAAAAAGUAUGACUGGGGUGCAUUAUCUUUUGAUAUAAAGAUAUGCCGAACAAAUCUUCCUAGUAGAUCUGCAAUGAGGGGCCCUGGAGAACUGCAGGGAUCAUUUAUUGCUGAACAUGUUAUAGAAAAUGUUGCAGCUACACUUUCAAUGGAUGUAGAUUCUGUCAGAAGCAUAAAUCUUCACACACAUAAAAGUCUUCAGUCAUUCUAUGAUCAUUGUUGUGGCGAACCUUUUGAGUAUACAUUGCCUUCAAUAUGGAGUAAGUUAGCUGUUUCUGCUAAUUAUGAACAAAGAACCGAAAUGGUGAAAGAGUUUAACAGAAUUAGUAUAUGGAGAAAAAGGGGAAUUUCCCGAGUACCAGUUGUGUAUCAACUGUCUCUAAGACCAACUCCUGGAAAAGUAAGUAUUUUGUUGGAUGGGUCUGUUGUUGUUGAAGUUGGAGGAAUUGAACUGGGUCAGGGUCUAUGGACAAAGGUGAAACAGAUGGCUGCAUUUGCCCUCGGUACAAUUCAAUGUGAUGAAACUGAAAAUCUCUUGGAUAAAAUAAGGGUUCUACAAGCUGAUACAGUGAGCUUGACUCAAGGGGGGUUCACUGCUGGGAGCACCACAUCAGAGACAUGCUGUGAAGCAGUUAGGCUUAGCUGUGAUACCUUGGUUGAGAGGUUGAAGCCUCUCAAGGAAAAGCUGCAGAAAGAAAUGGGCUCUAUCAAGUGGGAGACACUUAUUCUUCAGGCAUACAUGCAAUCUGUAAACUUAUCAGCAUCUUCACUUUACGUACCCAGCAAUAACUCGACAAUGUACCUUAAUUAUGGUGCUGCAGUAAGUGAGGUGGAAAUAGAUCUUCUGACCGGAGGAACCAGGUUCCUUCAAACAGAUAUCAUCUAUGAUUGUGGACAAAGUCUCAAUCCUGCUGUGGAUUUAGGACAGAUUGAAGGAGCUUUUGUCCAGGGAUUGGGGUUCUUCAUGCUUGAAGAAUAUGAAACAGACCUUAAUGGUAUGUCGUUGGCAGACGGCACUUGGAACUACAAAAUCCCUACAGUAGACACUAUCCCUCAACAGUUUAAUGUUCAAAUUCUCAACAGUGGGCAUCACCAGCACCGCGUGCUUUCCUCAAAGGCUUCUGGCGAGCCACCCCUGCUUCUAGCAGCUUCGGUUCACUGUGCCACAAGAGCAGCUAUCAAAGAAGCAAGGAAACAGCUUCUUUCAUGGAGCGACAUGGAUGAAUCAGAUUCAACAUUUCACUUGGGGGUCCCUGCAACCAUGCCUGUGGUAAAGGAACUUAGUGGACUAGACGUUGUAGAAAGAUACUUAAAAUGGAAGACGGGCAUGGCAUAG